AUGCCUCAAAAAAAUAUCUUUCUGGUAGGAGCUCCACUGUCAACAAGUCUGGACUGGGACACAGAUGAGCUCCUCAACACAGCCAUACCUCCCUUUCACGAAGACACGAAGAGCCCAGAACAACCGCUAUCACUAGAUCAGCCACCUGUGAGAUGGAGAGUAUUACGGUCACCGUCAGUGGACAAGCUAGGGGCACCCUAUGCCACCUACCAAGAUUACGAGAAUUCAGCCUUCUUCGUCUCGCAUCAGCUGGAUCUUGCGACAGAGACACUGCCAGAAAAAACAGAAGAUUCGAUCCUCGCACAAUUUUACAACCAUUCUUUUGCCAUUCAUGAAAACUCCGAGGUAACCAACUCGGAUGUGUACGUAGCGGAUUCAACGCAGGAAAGCAGUCUGGGGGGAGACAGUGCGAUGACUAGCUCCACGGGGUUGGACAAAUCAGAGACUCUGGAGUCACCUCGCAUGCUUCAUAUACCCGGACCCCUCAGCAAUCUACAAGAUCUCCCCACGGCUAGAUACAUUCAAUCUAUAACACCGCAAACGAUGACGGUCAAUUUGAUUGUUGGUAUUCUGGCAGUUCAUGCGCCUCGCCGGAUCGUCACACGACAAUGGAAGACGGAAUUGGACAUUGUCGAGCUCGUCGUUGGAGAUGAGACAAGAGCUGGAUUUGGAGUCAAUUUUUGGCUUAAGCCAGGGAAGCCGUCCGCCGCCAAGGAUAACGAAGCGGAUCGCCUGGGCCGCUCUCUGGCGUCCCUCCGGCCCCGCGACAUCGUCUUGCUCCGUACUGUCGGGCUCAGUACAUUCCAAGACCGAGUUUACGGACAGAGUCUACGCAAAGGAAUGACCACGGUCGAGCUUUUACAUCGCCAACGGGUGGAUGUGACGGAUGCAGUGGGGUUUUACCAGAACCAAAUCCCAGACGGUAGUGCCCACGAUCAGCCAGCUCUGAAGGCGCGCAGAGUACGAGACUGGAUGCUCCGAUUUGUGACGGAUUCGGGUGGAAUGUCUUACCCACGUGGGCUGCCUCCAGAUACUCAAUGA